CCUGUUUCCUGCUAGAGGAGGGUCACUUCAGGGCAGGCAGGGGACAAGGGGAAAUCAGUGAUUGAAGUUUUAGCUGCCGAGAACCUCUGGCCCUGAGUGUUGUCCUGGAAACAGGCUGGGAGUCAGCUGACCCUGCCCCCUGGUCCUGGAUUACAGCCUCCGCUUCCCCAUCUGUGAAGCGUGGGUGGAACCAGACGCUGCCCAGCUGGAGGGUCCCCAUACUGGCUGUGUGGGCCUGGGGGUCCCAGGCUCAGCCCGGAGCCCCGGCUGCCUUGGGUAGACGUGUGCUCACGCGGUGGGGUGAGCCGGGUGCUCAGACGCUUCCCCAGGGUCCGACGGGGUCGCCUGCCUGCAGCACCUAUGAGCUCCGGUUUUGGCCUUGCUGACUGCUCACCUGCCGCCUGGCCGGCCGUCAGGGGCGCCGGGCACCGCCUGCCUUCUUCCCUGCCACAAGCCCAGAGCUGAAGCGCUGCAGCAUGGCGCGCGGCUGCCUGCAGGGCGUCAAGUACCUCAUGUUCGCCUUCAACCUGCUCUUCUGGGGACUGCAGCUCGGGUGCCCUGAGACGGGGAGCCAAGAAGGUGCCGGCGGGCAGCAGGGGCACCCAGGGGAGGAGAGGCCCAGGUGCCGACCGACACCCAGACCUCCACCUGCCCUCCUGCGGCAGCCAGGCCCUCACGGGGCAGGGACAGCGCCACUGGGGACACAGCUGCCCUCCUCCAGGGCCCAUCUUCUCCUGUACUCGGAGGCUGUAAUUUUCCUGGAAAAUGUUUUAAAAGCUGCCUACGCAGAAACAGUUUCUAAAUUACAGCUGGGCGGCUGCGGCAUCCUCGGCGUCGGCAUCUGGCUGGCGGCCACGCAGGGGAACUUCGCCACCUUGUCCUCCUCCUUCCCGUCCCUGUCGGCCGCCAACCUGCUUAUCGUCGCCGGCACCUUCGUGAUGGCCAUCGGCUUUGUGGGCUGCAUCGGGGCCAUCAAGGAGAACAAAUGCCUUCUGCUUACCUUCUUUGUGCUGCUGCUGCUGGUGUUCCUGCUGGAGACAUCCCUCGCCAUCCUCUUCUUCGCCUACACUGACAAGAUCGACAGGUACGCACAGCAGGACCUGAAGAAGGGCCUGCACCUGUAUGGCACCCCGGGCAACGUGGGCCUCACCAACGCCUGGAGCAUCAUCCAGACAGACUUCCGCUGCUGCGGGGUCUCCAGCUACACGGACUGGUUCGAGGUCUACAACGCCACGCGCGUGCCCGACUCCUGCUGCCUGGAGUUCAGCGAGAGCUGCGGGCUGCACGCACCCGGCACCUGGUGGAAGGCGCCGUGUUACGAGACGGUGAAGGUGUGGCUCCAGGAGAACCUGCUGGCCGUGGGCGUCUUUGGGCUGUGCACAGCACUGGUUCAGAUCUUGGGCCUGACCUUCGCCAUGACAAUGUACUGCCAGGUGGUGAAGGCUGACACCUACUGCGCGUAGGCUGCCAGCUGCCCGCCACCCCUGCUUUGCUGCCGAAGGACGUUGCCCCUGGGGAGACGACCGUGUCCCCACCUGCCUCUCCCACUACAGGACCUCUCACCAGCCCAGGCAUGGGCACGGGAGGAGCAGGCAGCCAGCGCCCCCAGGGCUCCCAGCCAGGCCUGUGAGCGCGGCCGCGCAGCCGGGGCUGGGGCCGGGAGGGGCUUCUGGCGCUUCUUACACCCAGGCGUCCUCCAGAGCAAUGUCUUCCCCCGCAGCCCUGUCCUGGGCAGGGGGCUGGGGUGGGAGGUGAGGGGUUGACCACUGGUCCUGGUGCUCGAGGCGGGUCUGCAGCCCCGUCCACCCACAUUCCACAGCGGGGCCAGGGCCGGCUCUGCGUGCGUCUUAAUAAAGUGUGUGGGCAGCA